AUGUUGCAACUAUCUAUCAUUUGGCUACUUCUGUCAAAGGCUCCUUCGCUCUGGGUGGACUGGCACUGGAACAUUCACCUGAACGGGCAAUCUUUUUGGUCAAUAAACCCAUCAGAAACUGACUCGUGGGCCUGGAGAAAACUGUUAGACUUGCGGCCGUUGGCGAUCCAGUUCUGUCGAACUAAGUUAGGAAAUGGAAAUUCUACCAGCUUCUGGUUCGACCCAUGGACGCCACUUGGUCAGUUAAUUACAUACAUCGGUCAGUCUGGUCCAAGAGCACUAAGAGUCCGAAUGAACGCUGCUGUCGUUGAUGCAACUGCUGGAUCGGGUUGGACUCUUCCUCAUCCUAGAUCGCAGAGGGAAGUGAACUUACAUGCCUAUCUCUCUACUAUAAAUCUCCCAUUAUCUGCUGAUGUUGAUGACAUAUAUGAAUGGAUUGCUGGUGACUCCCCCUUAUGUGUUUUCAGGUCCUCCACAACAUGGGAAGUGCUUAGGCCGAGACAAGCGAUAAAACCAUGGGUUGACGUGGUCUGGUUCAAAGGCGCCAUACCGAAGCUGAGCUUUACCAUGUGGAUUGCAAAUUAUGAUAGACUACCGACGAGGGCAAGACUGGCAGCGUGGGGAAUGGCGAUCUCGCCUCUAUGCCCUUUUUGCUCCAAUUAUGAAGAAUCACGAGAUCAUCUGCUUCUUCGAUGCGUGUACAGCAAAGAAGUGUGGGGAGGGGUGUUCGCAAGAUGCCUUCCACCGUCAAACACGUUUACAGACUGGGCAGAGCUGCUAUCUUGGAUUAGAGGAGCGCCACCAAAACUCACUCUUCUUAGGAAACUGGCGACUCAAUCCACUGUCUAUCACUUAUGGAAGCAGAGGAAUAAUCUGAUCCAUAACCAGACAUCAGUCCCUGCUGCAACUGUCUUCCAUGCUAUUGACAAAGAGAUUCGAAACAUCAUCUCGGCAAGGAGGCACAGAAAGCACUUCGACACACUAAUGAUUUUGUGGUUGAGAUAAGUCAGAUCUCUUGUUGUUCAAGCUUGUGUCCCAUCUUGUUUUUAUUUCUUUUUGCCAAGAUGACACAAACAUAAGAUUCUACUUUGUAUUAUCUUUCUUUCAUAUAUGAUAUUUACAGUUUAGCAAAAAACUAUCUAUCAUCGUCAAUACCACUUUCUUGUUGUGAACAAGAUAAAUGAUGGUCACAUACACACGACGAUAGCAACAGAGGAUCCGCUUCUGUCUCCUACCCUCAAGGCGAGAAAACAUUACUUCCCCUACUCUUCUAACCAAAAGGUCCAUAAGUAUUUGCAUGCAUGGCAUAAGCCUAAGAAGAGAUGGAGUAGCAUUCCAAGGAACUAAUCCAGCAAGUACACAAAUUAAAACAACAUGCAUGCCACAAGAUCUCAAGAUUCAAUUCGGACACAAUUACGGGAGGAUGAUAUUUCAUGUCCGGCCCAAUAAUAUCUAUCAGAAGUGUUUAGGCAUUGGCCAGCGUAAAUUCCACACGUAAACCAAAAGUUUAGUAUAUAUUUUAAAAAUUAAAAUACGGAAAAGCUUAAGAUAAUAUCAUUGGAUGUUCCAUUCAAAUAUAGUGAUUAAUUAGUGAAUGUUUUUAAUUUGAUAUAUUUACAAAAUUACACAUAAUGGAAUGAAAAUCAUGUGUUUAUACAUUUGAUACUGAACACUAAUAAAAAAAGGUUGAAUAAAAAACAAUUAUCUAGAGAUAAAAGGCGGGAAGUGUUUGAAAGAAGUAUAACGACCAUCAAUAGCUAAAAGUAUUCAAAGUCAAUGUAAUCAGGAUCAUGGUGACUACUAGGGUGGUUGUUACUCUUCUUCCCCUCGUCACCACCACCAGCCAUUAUUGUCUCCUUAUCCUUACUCGCGAAACACGUGAGAUCCACAGGCUCCGGCAAUUCACACCUUCGAAAAACGGAUGCUGCUUGAUCUCUGUGGCGCCUUGCUUAUACGCCAUCUGUUUCCUCGCUCCUUAACCAACAGUCCUUUGAUCAAAUCCCUCGCCGCCGAGCUCAUGUUCGGAACCUCAGCACCUGCCCGAUCACGUUGUGCAGCGUUGCGCGGUUUCCCUGCCCCUUAAACGGCGUUGCGCCGUAGAGCAGCUCGUAGAUGAAGAUCCUGAACGUCCACCAGUCGACAGCGCUCCCGUGUCCUUGGCCCGGUAAUCCUUAAGUCUUAUUCGAAUAUUUUUAAAAGUGGCUUGGAUCAGAUUCAAAUUUUCGGAUUGAAUUGAGUUUG